AACUGGACCAGUAGAUCAAAAUAAACCUUGACAAGAACAGAAACACACAGGAGAGCUUUACACUCACGGAAGCUAGGAUCCAGCGCAAAGAAAAAAGGACUGAGGAUACGUAUAGACAUGGACAUUCAGACAGGCCAAGUAGUGAGGGCCGUAGGUCCUAUGGAGAGCCUGGAGAAGCAGCUGAGCUGCCCCAUCUGCCUGGAUAUGUUCACCAAGCCGGUGGUCAUCCUUCCCUGCCAGCAUAAUCUAUGCCGUGGCUGCGCUAAUGACCUCUACGACUCUCGUAACCCCUACCACUUCUCAGGAGGAAUCUUCCGCUGCCCAACCUGCCGCUUUGAGGUGGUGCUGGACCGCCAUGGUGUCUAUGGGCUUCAGAGAAAUCUCCUUGUAGAGAACAUAAUUGACAUCUACAAGCAACAACAGGAGAACAGCGGUGGUGGUGAUGGUGGCCUGGAGCCUCCUUUGAAGGCCAAGGAUACAAAAGAGCAAAUGUGCCAGGAACAUGCAGACGAGCGCAUCAACAUCUAUUGUAUUUCCUGCCAGGUCCCUACAUGCUCCAUGUGCAAGGUGUUUGGCCAGCACAAGGACUGCAAAGUAUCCACCCUGAAGAGUGUCUAUGAAAACCAAAAGGCUGAGCUCCAAAACUCAACUGAGUUGCUUGCAGCUAGCAACAGCUGUGUGCAGGCCAUGCUAGUGCAAAUGGAGGACAUCUGCAAAGCUGUGGAGGAGAACAGCCAACUACAGAAGCAGAGACUGGGAGAGAAGUUUGACUUACUCUAUGCAGUCCUGGAAGAGCGUAAGGCCCAGCUGCUGGAGCAGAUCACACAGGAGCAGGAUGAGAAGGUAGCAGUGGUGCAAUCGCUAAUUCAGCAGUACAAAGAACGGUUGGAAGCUAGCAGUAAGCUGAUGGACCAAGCCACGCAAAGUUUGGACAACAGCAGCAUAGCUGAGUUCCUCAUCAAUGCCAAGAAGCUCAUUGCAGAAGCCAAGGACACAGCCAAAAACUCCCAAUUACAAAGGCCAGAACUUGGCUUUGAGAAGAUGGACCACCUCACACUGUUUACUGAAGAAGUAGAGGCCAUUCUUGCAAAAAUUGACUUUGGUGCAGAUGAUGAUGAGGAGGAAGAAGAGGAGGAAUUUGAAGAGGCAGAAGAGGAAGAAGAGGAGUAAGCAAUAGUAAUGAAGAACUUUGUUUGAUACAAAGACGUUUUAUGGAGAAAGGGUAGAUGAAGAAAUAAAAAGAGCCCUGGUUAGCACAGGAACACAAAAUAGCUGCUUUUGAAAACUGUGAUGAGUGUGUGCAAUCUUAAAAGCAGUUUUUUUUACAUAACAAAUUGCACCAUUUCCACUUUCCACUUGACUUUUAUACUUUUGUAUUUAUAUGAAUGUUCAUAUUUAAUUAUUUCUGUUAUCUUUAGUGUAGAUGACAAGGUUUACACCUGAAUAUUAGAUUUGAUAGGAUUGUUAAGUCAAAACUAGAUUUGCUAGCUGUAGAAUACAGCUGUUAAAAUUUAGUUUUAGUGUGUAUGUCAAAAUGUUUGAAUACUUGAAAUGAUGCAGUUGACUCAUGAACUACUGUAAAAGUUUAUUUUCAUUGGAUAAUUCAAUGGGAAUAAAGUGUUUACCAAAAAAACAUGUU